AUGAGACCUUCAACGCGCCUUGGAAGCUUGAUGCUUCGUCGAGGCUUUGCUAGUUCAGCACGACGACUGGAUAAUUACGGCUUCAUCGGUCUGGGACAGAUGGGAUAUCAAAUGGCAAAGAAUCUUCAGUCAAAGUUGAAACCCUCAGAUAAGGUGUCCAUCUUUGACAUUAAUCCUGAAUCUAUGAGAGGCCUGGAGACAGAAAUGAAGGCAGCUCCUUCGGGAGCUCAGGUUGAACUAGCAGCCAGCGCAUUUGAUGCUUCCAAAGAUGCUGAUACUAUCAUUACUGUUCUUCCAGAGCCUCAGCACGUGAAAGGCGUAUACAAAUCCAUCAUCACCUCUUCUCUACCCAAAAAAGAUCGAGUAUUCAUUGAUUGCUCAACCAUUGACCCGUCUACAUCCCGCCAGGUCGCCGAGACUGUGUCUUCAGCUGGACAAGGCACGUUUGUCGAUGCGCCCAUGUCUGGAGGUGUUGUAGGUGCUACUGCCGGAACACUCACCUUUAUGCUCGGCGCUUCACCAUCUCUCGUCCCCCGACUCGAGCCUGUCCUCAUGCUCAUGGGCAAGAAAGUGCUACACUGCGGUGAACAGGGCGCCGGUCUAUCCGCGAAGCUGGCCAACAACUAUCUCCUGGCGCUUAACAACAUCGCGACGGCAGAGGCCAUGAACCUGGGCAUGCAGUGGGGCUUGGAUCCCAAGAAGCUGGCAGGUGUGAUUAAUGUCAGCACAGGGCGAUGCUGGCCCAGCGAGGUCAACAACCCCGUGGCGGGCGUUGUCGAGACGGCACCAGCCAACAGAGAUUAUCGAGGCGGGUUCGGCAUCUCGUUGAUGAAGAAGGAUCUCAGACUGGCUAUGGUGGCGGCGGAGGAGGCGGGCGCGAGAAUGGAGUUGGCUAAGACGGCGUUUGCGGUUUAUGAAGCUGCUGAGAAGGAGGAGAAGUGUCAAGGAAGGGACUUUUCGGUCGUGUAUAGGUAUUUAGGUGGUAAGGGGGAACAGAGCUAG